AUGAACAGAGAAGACUGUGGUUUCUCGCGGGCCUGCGCGGCGCCCCCGGGAGCGGAAGCAGCGGGGGUCGCCUCUGUGCACUGUGCUCCUCAGCCACGCACGCAGCAGAUUUCUGAAGGCUGCGCUGCGACCGAUGCCGGAAGCCCCGACGCAGACAUGUUUCCCAGCAAACCCGGCACCGCAUGUCAUCUCCGCCGGACAGACUCCACAGGCAGCCUGGCGACGGAGGUAGGCGAAUGCGACCUGCCUUUUUCGCCGCAAGCUUCCGCCUGUUCGAACACGCAGAGCUACGCCUCGACUUUCUGUCUGUCGCCAAGCCACGACUCGCUGCCCCCGACAUCCCCUAGUGCUGCGUCUGCAUGUCUCAACGCGUCGGGCCUCCGCAGGCUGUCGCCCCUGCAGCCUCCGCCGCGUUCAGCGGGCGCGGCCGGCGAGAGGCGCCCCCAACAGCUUCAGGCUGCUUCAUCGUCUCUCGGAGACCCCGGAGGCCUUGACGCUCAGCGCAGCCCUGAGAUGGCGGAAGCUCUGCUCUCGGUUGACGCUGCACAUACGACAGCCGUCGCUCGCCCUCAGCACCCGGACUCUGGCGCUUUUUUGCCGGCGGUGUCUCUGGGCGCGCCGGAACCGAGGAACGCUGACCACGCUCAGACACAGCUGCAUGCCUACAGGGCUUGCUCGCCGCCUGACCUCUUCACCCACUCUACUAACGUCCAGGCCGCAGCAGCCGCCGCGGCGGCUGCAGCAGCUGCGGCGAGUGCGGCGGCCGCUGUGGCGUCCGUCGCUGCAGGAUGGACUGCUGUGUUUGAGCGAGACGGCUCCUUCCCGGGGUGUGGUUCGGUUGCCGUCCAUCCGGCCCGUUCGCGCGCCUGCUCGCCCUCAGACUGCGUCGACCCUGAGCGGCUACCAGAAAAGGGCAGUGAAGACAGACCCAGCGACGAGCGCAGGGACGCGGGCGUUCAAGCGACGCCGAGGGGGCGGCUCGCCGGGGGAAGCGGGGCGCCGCACGCGACCGCGCCAGAGGACGAGGCGCAAACGGAACCGCUCGGUAGAGAUGGGGACGCGACGAGCGGCGUGUGGGAAGACGGAGGAAGCGCGAGGAGAGAAGGAGGCAGCAGCCACAGACGCGAGAGGGUUCAGUCACGUGGAAGCCGCGCGUGCUGCGAAGAGUUCGAAAUCGACCUGGAGGCGCAGGACGACAUCGAGGAUCCGUCCUCGGCGCAGUGUGGACCUCGAGAAGGCUCCGGUUCGGCGACCGGGCCUCUCACGCAGAGCUUGUGGGCGGAUCGCCGUGGUGGGGCCUGGCGAGAGAUUCCGCAGCCGGCUCUGCCUGCCUCGAGUCUCGCGACAGGCCGCCCGCUGCCGCUGCUUGCCUCCGACGAUUCUUCGCAGCCCAGACUGCACAUGCAGCAACAGCGGGGUGUUUGCGUACCUAACGGAAGUGCGCCGUACGGCCCCCCCGAGGGCGCUGGGGUGGCGUCUCUCCGUGUCCGGGACGCACGCCGGGCUCCACUUGUGUUUCUGUUGGAUACGCCGGCAGAGACGCCGCGCGCAGGGUCGCCGCAGCCGCGUGCUGCAUGCAAGACCCGAAACAAGGCGCAGGACUACCUUCCACGCGCUCCAGAUUGGUACUUCGACGAGGGCUGUGGGCUGCCGCAGGGAGUUGGAGUCCACGCGUCUGUCGCGAACGCAGUCGGUCCAGAGCACAUAUUUUCCAAGGGAUCCGUCAGCCUUCUUGACGCGGAAGGAUGCAGCAUGCGGUUGGACGGGCGCGGUGCCGCGAUGACGGCAGAUCCGCAGCCUCACCACAAAGAACAGGACGACCGCAGACACACUUCCUCGAGCGGGACCGACGACACAACGCACUGCUUUUCGCCUCCGCUCGCCGCCCAACCGCAGCACAGGUCGGCGUUCGGGGGUACGCCUUCCAGCGAGAGAGAGGCGCAUGCGUUCGCGCUUGGCGCGUGGGUCGCGGGAGUCGCUUCUCUCCACGACUUUCCGGGCAGACACCCCGCGCGAAACUCGCCGUCUGGGCGGUCCGAGCCGACGGAUUCUCUCCUUUCCGACGCGGACGACACGCGGGGGGUAUCCUCAGCGUGUGCUGACGGGGGGGCUUCUCUAAACCUUUUUUCAGAGGGAGGGAAAAGACGAGCCGCCGAUCCGGCGCGCUGGCGCCGAGGGACGGUUGCGCGAGGCACGUCGGAGGACGCACAGCAGAUUGGCGCUGACGCCACGGGAUGCACAGGGCACGGAAGUUUGCAAGAACUGCGGGCGCUUUGCGUGGACGAAAGCAGCGGAGAUGAAUCUGACGUGGAAGGCCGUCGGGCGGCAGAAACCGGCGAAUUCGCGGUAGACGUGUGCGGACGGGCUGCGAGAGAGCAACGAAGGCACGCUUGGAAGUGGAGAGUGCAAGCGCGCCGGCACCGAAGAAUGGACGGAGUGAGGGAGCGGAAUACGAGUUGCAGGAACGAUAGCCUGGCGCACUUUUCUGGCGAACCAACUUUCCAGGGAGCCUCCGCGAGUCAAGAAUACAGAUCAGAAGUGGACCCAGCGUAUCGGGAGCUGCAGGCGUGGUGCCGCAAGAGUUCGUUUCAACUCAAGGACAGAAGCGGCUUGUACGCGUCGUCCAGCGGACUGGAGAGACGAAAGAACGACAGGAGCAGUGCGGGGAAGCUAAGACCUGGCAGCCGCAGGCGGGAGUUAGAGAGUGGUGUACCGGAGGGCGCGCUCGACUAUCAGCGAACCUUUUUGGAUGCGACCAAGGCGAGACACGAGCUGGCUGUGAAGACAGCUGCGACGAGACGCCUGCUGCAACAGUACACUCUGCUUUUGAGACAGGCGGAGACACACAAAGAAACCGCACGGAAGUACAGAGACGAAAGUGAACCCCUACGGCGCACAAUCAUCAACCUGGUUGCCGUCGGUUCGAAGCUCAGGGCCUUGCAAAGAACAGAGAGUUGGAAGAAACAUAUUGGAGGCGCCAUCCAUGAUCCCGACGCGGAUCUCGUUUCCUUCAUGGCAAAUUUCGACUCGGAUAUGAACGAUCUUACAGCUUUCGACUUCUCAGAGGAGGCUUUAGCGGCGACAUCUCGCUUCGUGGCUGGGGCGAGUGCAUCUGACUUCGAUUAUGAGAAGGAGCGCUCUUUUGUUUCACGGAUGAUUCUCCGUUUUUUUCGUUAUAUCUGCUGCCGUCCAGAUGGCGACGGCAGGCGGUCCAAAGCCAUUCUUCGUUCACUCGUCUUCUACUUUUUACUUUGCGCGUGUGCCAUCCUCUGGCUCAGGCAAGUGGUACACGAUUAG